UUAAAUAGACGUCGUCGUUUGGUUAGCUGCACUCGAUGUCCUUCGCUUUUACCAAGCCGAAAACAUUAGAAAAAAGAGAGUCACCGAACCCCUCUGAGGAUUCUUGAUUUUUAUUUUUCAAAGCUAAAGAUUGGAAAAAAAUGUUGGAGAAGAUCGGAUUACCUUCAAAACCAUCACUGAGAGGGAAUAUUUGGGUAGUUGAUGCUUCUCAUUGUCAAGCAUGUUCUUCUCAGUUCACUUUCAUCAAUCGCAAGCAUCAUUGCCGGAGGUGCGGGGGCAUUUUUUGUAAUAGCUGUACCCAGCAAAGAAUGGUGCUACGCGGACAAGGUGAUUCACCGGUGCGUAUAUGUGAACCAUGCAAAAGAUUAGAAGAGGCUGCACGUUUUGAAAUGCGAUAUGGUCACAAAAAUAGAGCAUCAAAAGGGGCCUCAAGACUUCCAUCAAAGAGUGAGGAUGAAGUUUUAAAUGAGCUUCUGGGUAAAGAAAGGACCUCAGAUGUUCUUUCCUGUGAUCAAGACUCAGCAAGCACUUCAUCAGGUUCAAAUGUUCAAGAUGAGGCUGGAGAUGGAAGCAUUAAUCAGACUGAACAGCAGGCUGAGAUGGGAUCCACUACUCCUGAAGAAUUACGUCAGCAAGCCAUGGAAGAAAAAAAGAAUCAUCGAACUCUAAAAGCUGCAGGUAAACCUGAAGAAGCUCUAAGGGCUUUUAAGAGAGGCAAAGAACUUGAAAGGCAGGCUGCUGCUUUGGAGAUCUCUCUGAGGAAAAAUCGUAAAAGAGCAUUGUCUUCCAGUAACGUCACUGAGGUCCAGCAAGAUAAUGAUGAUGGCAAAGCGUCUGGGCGGAAAACUAAGCUUUGUCCUCAAAUUACCAAAGAGAAGGAUGAUCUUGCGUCUGAACUCAGAGAACUGGGAUGGUCAGAUAUGGAUCUUCGUACUGCUGACAAAAAGCCAGCAACGAUGAGCCUUGAGGGUGAACUUUCCGCACUUCUUGGAGAAGUUUCUGGAAAGACCAUUACUGAAAAGAAAAUUCAUGGAACUGACAAGUCACAGGUCAUUGCUCAUAAGAAAAAAGCACUCCAGUUGAAGCGGGAAGGAAAACUUGCUGAAGCCAAAGAAGAAUUGAAGAAGGCUAAAAUUCUUGAAAAGCAAAUAGAAGAGCAGGAACUGUUGGGUGGUGAUGAAGAUUCUGAUGAUGAGCUUUCCUCUUUAAUACGUGGCCUGGAUGCUGAUAAAUUUGAUGAUUUAUCUGCUAGAUAUAAACCAGAUUCUAGUCAUGAUUUUGACAACCAUCUGGGAAUUACUGAUGAUCUUGGAGAUGGUAAUUUUGAAGUAACUGAUGAUGACAUGUAUGACCCAGAAAUAGCAGCUGCCUUGAAGUCAAUGGGCUGGACUGAAGAUGCCGCUGAAUCUGAAGUUUCAGAAAAGCAAAUCCAGCCGGUUGAUAGGGAAGUGUUACUAAGUGAAAUUCAGUCACUGAAAAGAGAAGCCCUUAGCCAGAAAAGGGCUGGUAAUACUAAGGAGGCAAUGGAACUUUUAAAGAGGGCAAAAACACUGGAGACUGAGGUUGAAGAACAACUAAAUAAUGGUGAAGAGGAUGUUAGAAAGUUCGUUGAAAGGAAGGAUAAAGAACACAAAGUAGCACCAAAGAGUAAGUCAGUGAUCCAGAGAGAGCUUCUUGGUAUUAAAAAGAAGGCUCUUGCUUUAAGAAGGGAAGGAAGGUUGGAUGAGGCUGAAGAAGAAUUGGAAAAAGGCAAGAUUCUUGAGAAGCAACUUGAAGAUAUUGAUAAUCCACCAAAAUUCGUGCAGCCUGUUGCUGGGAAUAAGCUGGAUGAAAGUAUUGCAGAUAUUGAUGCUGGAGAUGAAGAGGCAGAGGUUACAGAUCAAGACCUCCAUGACCCAACUUAUCUUUCACUGCUUAAUAAUUUGGGCUGGCAGGAUGAUGAAAAAGCUAAUGGUCCAUCUGCGUCAUUUCAAGGGGAAAAUAAUGUUUCUCAUCUUAGUGAGUCCCUAACUAAGGAAGCUACGAGUAACAUCCAACCUCGAGCAUCUAGAAAGAGUAAAGGUGAAAUCCAGAGGGAACUUCUGGGCUUGAAACGAAAGGUCCUCACAUUGAGACGCCAAGGAGAGAUUGAGGAGGCAGAGGAAGUGAUGAAAGCGGCUAAAGUGUUAGAAGAGCAAUUGGCUGAAAUUGAAGAAUCUAUGUCUAACAGGGUUCCAACUGAGUCAAAUGAGCAGAAAGAACGUGAAGCUAUUGGUUCUCCCCUUGAGAACCCACAGCUUCCUCCAUCUGAUUUGCGAAAGAGCCCAAUUGAGGACAUGGCAAACAAAGCCACUCUUACUCAUGAUAAACCAAAAGAGGUCACUCAAUCAGAUGGGAAACCAAGCAUCUCCGAGUCAAAAACUGCCCAGGAAGCUAAUUCGCAGCUUGAUCAAGAUUCCCUUCGUCAAGAUAUACUGGCUCGCAAGAGGAAAGCAGUUGCCUUGAAGCGAGAAGGGAAAGUGGCAGAAGCCAAGGAGGAACUUCGACAGGCAAAACUUUUAGAGAAGCGCCUUGAGGAGGAAAAGACUCCGGGUACCAGUAGUACCACAGUCUCGGCACAUCCUAAUACCCCGCAUGUUGGACAAAAGGAAGUUAGUCCGCACAAAGUUCCAAAUAUAUCUCAAGUUGGACAGAAAGAAGUAAGUCCAAGCUCAGGUCCAAAGCCAUUGUCUGGACGUGAUCGGUUUAAGUUGCAGCAGCAGUCUCUCAGCCACAAACGACAAGCACUUAAGUUGCGAAGGGAAGGUAGGACCGAAGAAGCUGAUGCUGAAUUUGAAUUGGCAAAAGCUAUUGAGAGCCAGUUGGAAGAUGCGUCUUCGCAAGAUACAACGAUGUCUUCUGACCCCACAGCUGAAUCAGCAGAGGAUGUGAGUGUUGAGGAUUUUCUUGAUCCUCAGCUUUUCUCUGCUUUAAAAGCAAUUGGAAUUGCAGAUACCACUAUUGUAUCCCGAGGCCCUGAACGACAGGAAACAAAAAAACCUAUAACUGGCAAUACUGAUAAGACUAGCACUAUUGCCUCUCCAAUUGUUCAAAGACCAGAGCCAAAACUAUCUGAAGCAGGUAUAUCUGACGAGUCUUCCAAUGAGAGAAAACAUUUGGAAGAGCGGAUAAAGGCAGAGAAAGUAAAGGCGUUAAACUUGAAACGUUCUGGAAAGCAGGCAGAGGCCUUGGACGCCCUUCGGCGGGCUAAGAUGUUUGAAAAGAAGUUGAACGCUUUAGCUUCAUAACAAUGAAGCUGGUACAUUGUGUUUGUUUGGACAGGAUUUUUACACGGUAUAAACCAAUAAUAAGCAUGACAGGACUUGGGAUGAUGGACUAGGUACUUGCCUCAUGUAUGCUGGUUAAGUCAUUCCAAUAGAUGAGCUCAACAAGUGAAUGAUCAGAAGAACCGGAAACAUUAUAAACCAUUUGCAUACCCUGAUGAUGUGCAUUCUAUGGGGACAUGUACAAUUAUUUUUUUAAACUAUUUUCUUGAGAAUGAGGUUGGGGAUCCUUGUAUUUUACUUUGUUCUUGUAGCUUUUUUCAUCUUUCAUUGCUAUGUAAUGUUGGAAAUUCGUGACAAUGUCGGUAACUAUUUCUUGCAAUACCAUGCUCUUCCAAAGCCUUAUUUA